AUGUUAAGCAAUCUAAUAAAGAGAGCGGAUUUGCUGGUUGAUCCUUAUGAAUUUAAUAUUUCACAUAAGGAAAAAUCCUUAACUCCAAUAGGUUUUUUUGUUAGCUUACUUUUAGGUGGAUUUCUCAGCAUCUUGCUAUUAGUGUUUACAUCAUUUUACGUUAUAGGCGUAUUUUAACGAAGUAUCUAAAAUUAAAAUGCCAUAUAUGCUGGUACUUAAAGUGAUCAAAGUGCUUAAUUUAUCUUAAGUAAUGAUAACACUCUCUUUGCAAUUGAAAUUUCAACAUUAGAUGGAACGAUUUUAACUAAUAAUACAGAAGUUAAGGAGUAUUUAAUAUAUAUAUUUCCAUCUGUUUAGUUAUUUUACUUUAUCCGCUUAAUAUAUACAAUAGCAAAGAGUGGAAGGGAAGAUUGGCUUUACUAGAAAUUAUAGUGAUUUAAAUUAAACUAAAUGUUCUUAGGAAUCAAUCUAGAAAUUUAAUUUUAACUCUGCUUCAAUGACUGAAGAAUAAUAAUAAAGUUUGCUUUGCUUUAAUGGAAAUUUCACUUUAUAGGGAGAAUUCUAUGAACCUUACUUUGCUUAUUUAAAAUUGACUCUGAGUGUUUGCAACAAUAAAACAAGUAGUUCUUGUAAAUCUUCUAAGGAAAUUGAGGACUUUAUUAAUUAAGGGUAAGACAUUAAAGAUAUCAAUAGAGUGAAUGUGGAUAUGUUCAUUAGAGGGUCUAAGAUUAAGCAAUCCCUUAAUUAAACAAAUCCUGCUGAUAUCUUUUCUAACAAUAUAUUUUGGAGAUUGACUACAGGUAUUGGAGAUAAUGAGGAUAUUUAUAUGCAGCCUUUAUAGAUGGAUUUGAGUACCAAUUGAUGUUAACAUUAGGGAAAAUUUAAUAUUUUAGUGACUUAUUUAACAUUGAAGACACUGAAAUACUUUACAAUAGUUCAAUGGUUUAAAGAUAAGAAAGAAGAUAAGAACCCAUAACAAUUACUUCAGGAGCAUCCCUUUGCACAUUUUAUUUGAGGUAUAUUAUAUAAUUACAUUGUAAUAGAGCAUCAUCUGACACAUCCUAUUAUUUUGUCAAUUAACAAGAUCUUCCUUCUAUAAUUUUGUCAGCUGUAUCUGAAGCCACCGCUCUCUGUCUAGCUGUAAUGCAAGCUAUAAAAAUGUUUUAUAAAUUCUAUAAUCACCAUAAGACAUUCGAAAUCCUCAUGAAUUCAGUAUUCAAAUUUGAUUUCAAAGCUGUAUAAAAAAGAAUGCAAACCAAUAUUAAUUAAUCAUUAGCUCCUAAUCGAUUGAAUUCAAGCAAAAAUUAAAAAAUUUAAUUACAACAUGUAUAAAUGCAUUUUAAUCUAUAGAUUUUAGAUUACACAAUAAAUUAUUCAUUCCAUAAAUAUUUACUAUAUCAGAUUCGCAAAUUAGUGAAAACCUGUUUUGGGAAAUGCUUUCAAAUAUCUGAAGAAAAAGAACUUGUUAUAUCUUAAAUAGCAAAAUCGAAAAUAGAACUUGACUUGGAUUUGACAAAUAUACUGAAAAAACUUUAUGAAAUCGAUUGUUUAAAACUAUUCUUAUUUGAUGAUGAUUAAUUAGUGUUGUUUAAUACGUUUAGUUCCCCUGUUUUUCAAGACCAUAUGACAGACUAAAAAGAACUAUUUGAUAUUCUAAGAGCAAAUGCCAAAUAAAAUAGAUCAAUAAAUCAAUUAUAGUAAUAUUCUAAUUCUUAAGCGAAAUUAGAUAAUCAAAAUUUAUAUUAAUAUGCUGCAACAUCAACAAGUAAUUGUAUGCUAUUUAAAUUUAGUACCAAUUAAUGUAAGACUUGCUAAAUUGGCAAGGUUUUUCAAAGCUCAAUUGGGAGCUGAAAAUGCAGAAGAUUUAGUUGAGAACUUUUAAAAAAUUAACCAAAAUAAAAAUUAGAAUUGGUAAUUAAACAAAUAACUGAUGUAAUUUGCUAUGCAGAAUUAGAGUUUGUUUCGUUUGGUCUAAAAGAAUUACAUGACCUUUGAAAUAGAAUAAAAUUAAGAAAAUUAAAAAUAGUAGGAUGAGAAUUUAAAAUUAGAUGUACCCGAUGAAUUUGAUGAAGCUAAAAACAAUUCGGAAGCUAUUUGUAGCAAAGAAUCAUUUAAAGAUUUAGAAAUCAAUUAAUCACCUGAUAGUUUAUAGAAUAGAUUACACUGA